AUGCAAAUACGGUCCGGGUUGUUCCUUUUCGGCUCAUUGCUGGGGGUCGUUUCGGCGAGCGGUUUCGACUGCCAACAGAUCGUCGCGGAUGGGUUCAAAUAUGACCUGAGUCCGCUGGGUGGAGUCCAUGAGGUCUACAACCUGCAGAAUUUGACGGAGUCGGUUGUGAACACGACAUACGUGCUGAACAUCUGCAACAUCCUCAAGGGAGCCUCGAUUCGCGAUAAGCUCAAAUGCGGGACUUCCAAGAACAUUUGUGGCUUUCGGUACGAGUACGACGAGGAGAGCGAAGAGUCGGCCGGCUAUGCUUUCCCCGUUGCUGGACUGGAUCAUUUGGGCCACGGCACCAAGGACCCCGAGAUCACGCGUUUGAAGAAACUCGACCCAGAUGAAGAAGGCCUCAUGGUCAAACUGGCAGGUGGGGAGUAUUCCGAGACCCACGAUCCAAACGACAAGAAGAAGAAGGACGUCAGCGCAGUGAUUCAGUUUAAGUGUGACCCUGACCGAACGGGUCUGGAGCGGCUUACAGAUGCACGGGAGGAGGAGAAGCGGGGAGACCCCGCCGCGGGUGAUAAUAAUGAAGGGGAUCGCAGUCUGCAAUUCAAGAGCUUUGGUGCAAGUGACGACGGCUCAUAUGUUCUCCGAUUGGACUGGCGGACCCGGUACGCAUGCGACGACUACCUCAAACAGAAGAAGGAGGUCGAUUCUUCCAGCAGCUGGGGGUUCUUCACUUGGUUCAUCAUCAUUGCUUUCCUAUGCACGGCCGCCUACCUCAUCUUCGGCUCCUGGCUCAAUUACACCCGCUACGGGGCUCGAGGCUGGGAUCUGCUCCCCCACGGCGACACCAUCCGCGACCUCCCAUAUAUCUUCCAGGACUGGCUUCGUCGAGUGAUCAACACGUUUCAAGGAUCUGGUUCCAGGGGCGGAUACAGUGCUGUUUGA